AGGGCCCAUUCAGUUGCCAAUCCACCGCCAUGGCUGAUCCACGCACUACCCUGGUCCUGGGCCUGCUGAUCUUCGGUCUGCUCCUCCCCGCGGAGGCCUCGCCCCAAGGUCGCAUUCUGGGCGGCGAGGACGCUGCCCAGGGCGAGUACCCCUGGUCCGCCUCCGUCCGCUACAACAAGGCCCACGUCUGCUCCGGCUGCAUCAUCUCGCAGACCUUCGUCCUGACCGCCGCCCAUUGCGUCUCCAAUGUGGGCAUCACUCCCGUGGAAGCCAGUGAUCUGGCCGUCCGAGUGGGCACCAUUAACCAGUAUGCCGGCGGCAGCAUAGUGGGUGUGAAGAGCGUUCUCAUCCAGCCCUCGUACGGCAACUUCCUGCACGACCUGGCCCUGCUGGAGCUGGAGCAGCCGCUGACCUUCGGCGAUCGCAUCGCUGCCGUGGCACUGCCCACCGCCCAGGUGGAGGAGACAGAGGACCAGGAUGCGGAGCUGCCGGACGGAACGCCCGUCUAUGUGGCCGGAUGGGGUGAGCUGUCCGAUGGAACCGCAUCGUACAAGCUGCAGAAGGCCAACUUCAACACGCUGGGCAGGGCACAGUGCGAGUGGCAGGCCGGUUACGGCUAUGCGUCCACCGUGUGCCUCUCCAGGGCCGAAAAGGAGGGCAUCUGCCGCGGCGAUGCCGGCGCACCCGUGAUCGAUGACAAGCAGGUGCUCCGCGCAGUGACCAGCUUCAAUUUCGGACCCUGCGGCAGCAAGUAUCCCGAUGUGGCCACCCGCGUCUCCUACUACCUUUCCUGGAUCGAGGCCAACACCAAAUAGUGCAUCUGCAUCUGCAUCUGCAUCUGCUUCACCGAAGGAUUACCCCUUUAUUUUUUUUCAACAAUUUUUUUUACUGUGCAUAAAGUGUGUUCCCCCCAAAA